AUUCUCGCCUCUCAAAACGUCAUUACACAGUUGGAAUAAUCAUCAGAUUCUUAUCAACAUUGUGAAAGUUACACCAUUUUCAAAAAGGUAUAAAACGUAAUUUUUUAAUUAAUGCCUUUUAUGACACGUUAUCUACUUGAUUUGACAAGAACUAUCUCUUAAUGAAUUUAGCUCUUUUUGUUUUGUUGUACGUUUUCGGUUUGAUUUAUAGGUUUUAUUUCUGAUAUAUGUAUAGAUUAUAUCAAUAAGUAAUCAGAGCGUAAUCUAAUGCUUAACUCUUUAUUGAUCGAUUACGUAUUUUCUGUUUAAUUCUUUUCUAUUCAAACACAAAUAUUUCUACAUAUUAUCGUUAUAAUCUUUUUUAAAAUCGUAAUCAUAAUUUUUGCAAGACAGAAAAAUUACUACGCUAAGGGCAUUAACCUAUAAAUAGAAUCAAGUAGUUUCAGUAAUACGAGUUCAAUCUUCAUAUUCGAGGACCGUUGGCCAAAUUGUCUUAUGAUGCGGCUGUUAAUGUCACAUUACAGAACUGUAAACAGAAAUUCAGUUAAUUGCCCCGCAGCCAACGGGGAUACAUAUGUACAUGGAUUCUUCAUUCUGUAGAAAUAUUUCGAGAAUAUAAUUGCAGAUAUCGUUGUAUCACUUUUAAAUUUACUUUUAAUUAGUGCGAUGCAAAUUUUACCUUUAUAUUCAAAAUGGAAUUUGUGUUCUAUUCAGUUUUGUAAAAUUUUUCAUUCUAGGAUAAAAAUUGCCCAAGGCCAUAUUGAUGAGAAUUGACGUACGGAUUUGUUAGAAUGAGAGAUAAAAAGGUAAUAAGUAUCAUACGUCGUAUACAAGUAUGUUUCAGUAUUUGUAAUAUAAUUUCCUACAUCAAACAUUAAUUUUCAUGUUUAACUUACAUGCUAAUACAAAAGAAAGAAUUACUUGAGAUAUUGUUAGAAGAAGGAAAAAGAUAUUUAUUUAUAAUGGAGGAAUUUUACAAUGAGCUGAAAAAAAUGUCAUGCGACGAAAAGUUGCUAUCCCUACUGGAUCGUUAUUCGCGAUAUAAGAUACGAUUGAGAGAGGAUAUGGAAAAACUGAGAGAGAUGUACGACCGUGACAUUGUCGUGGAUGUUAAUGAUAAUGAUGAUGAUGAUGAUGAGGACGACGAUAAUGAUGAUAACGAUGAUGAUGAUGAUGGUGAUGAUGAUGAUGAUGAUGCAGGUAUAGAAGAUGGGAAUGAGAUGGAAUAUAUGGAAAUAGAACUAGAAGAGGAUGAAGAUCUUUUUUUCGAAGAACAAUUCCAAUAUUUUUGUAAUAUUAUGUACCGAAAGUAUACUCUUGCCAAUAUGGAAAUGUUCAUUUUACGGCUGUUAAAAGCAAAUGAAAGUUCCAUGAAUCUUCAGUUAUCAAUAUAUUCGAAGUUGCAGAUCUGUUUGAAAAGAUAUUGUAAAAGAGUGCGAUUGUUUUUGAGAGGAAAUAAAAUAUUUGUACAAUCGCAGGACGGUUUCAGAAAAAAAGAAUUAAAUACAAGAACAAAAAAUAAAUAUAAGCAACUACAGAGGCUUUUACUUACGAUCAGAGAGGUAUAGUUAAAUGGAAAAUUAUUACGAAAUUAUUUUUGCUAAUCAAACAUUACGAUUUCUUUUGUAAUCAAACAAAUAAUUUCUUUUACAAUAAAGAAACAAAUAUUUUUUAUGGAAAUUAUGGUUCAGCCACGUGCGAUCGAAAAAAAACGAAGAAGAGAAAAAUAA